GAAUAGAGGAAGUAGGGGUGAGCAGGAUCAUGGGGAACCUUCAUCUACUGUACAGGCACUCCCCGUCCGGGUGGGACCAGCUAACCCGGACGGAGAGCGAACCUAGCAAUACUGGCCCUUUUCCCAUUUUGUUCACUCAUAACCCCACCUGGGAUGAUUGCCAGCAGCUGUUGCAGGUGCUCUUCAACACGGAAGAACGGGAGCGAAUCCUGGCAGAGGCGCAGAAACGGGUCCCGGGGGUCGAUGGGAGACCAACCACCCAGCCUCAUCUCGUGGACGAGGGGUUUCCUCUGUUGCGGCCUAACUGGGAUUUUGAGCGAGUGGAAGGUCGACGGGAUCGGGCCCUAGGUUCACUGCAAUCACGUGCGGCAAGCCACCCCAGAAGAACAGGAGAAGAUGCAAGCAGAAUGGGAGGAGACAGCCCCAGACCGUCACUUCUCAUCUGUCCCUGCAGAAUCAGACUGAAAAUUCCUGAGAGCCUUCAACUCAAGUGCAGUCCUCAGUUCAGCUCCUCCUACAUCCCGUUCCCAGCCUUUCUCUCAGGCCAACCUAGAUUCUACCGAACCAAUUUCUCUCUGAACAAUGAAAGCUGUACAACAUGGCUGCUCUCUGACUACAAACUCACAGAAGUGAAUGGAGAACAAAAUACGUCAUUCAGUACUGUAAUCUCGUGA